GGGCUUUCUCCAAGUUUCUACGAUCUGACGGCCACAGCCCGGUCAUGUUUAGUUUGGCUAGAUGUUCUCUUCUUCCUCCGCGAUUGUCUUGGUUAGCCUGGAAUGGUCGUCGCUUCUUUCAACAGCAAACGAGCUAUGAAGCAAAGUACGCGGAAAAACUGGCUAGAGUAGCUCAAGAACGAGGAACUAGCAUUGAAGCACUCAAGGCGAAACUCAGGGAGGAGGAGCAAGAGCGUAGGAGGAAAGCCUUGGCUUCAUCUGCCCGCCCAAAACAGCCGGCUGCAGGGGCACAGACGUCUGCUACCACUGGUUCAGCCCCAUCUGACGAUACCCCGGCUAUGCCAUCCUCGCAUGCCAGGAAAGAUAGUUCGCCUGUAAAGCCUCUUUCUUCCUUUCUCAAUGUGUCUCGACUUUUCGAAACACCUCACACAUCAGAGCAGGUAUCGGCGCUCUGGACUGCGUACCACUUAUUGCGGUCGCAAGGGACGGGUCGAGGUUACGUCUGCGCAUCCAUCCCGCUUGACACCUACCACCGCAUGUCGGACGUAGCAAAAAGGUACCCGACGUUCAUAAUCCCCGUGCCGAGGGAUCAGCCGGGAGAAGGCGAGAGGGCAUACGAGUUCUACUUCAUGCAAUGGGACUUCCAUGAAGCUCCGGAGGUACCCUCUCUAGAAUCGGCGAAGAAUCCCUUCGUGACGGGAAGGCGGGGAAAUCCGCAAACUUCUACGGUUCUAUUUACGCCGCUGCAGGAGUACAAGCUUCGACAAAGCUUCGCAACGCCUUACCUAGUCCUCACUCACUAUACCGACCUGGCCAAGACACAUGGGGUAGUGCUACUGCGCGGGGAAAUUACGCCGUCCGCCGCUGCCCCCGUACCUUCUGGAAGUGGUCAGGAGGAAGGGAAGUAUUUGCUGAGCCAGGGGGACGCGCAAGCUCUAGCCAUGAGCUUGCAGAGGUUCUACUUGUGGGGAACGGGUAAGGGGGAAACACAGGAAAGGUCGAAGGAAAGAGAAGAAUUGCUGAAGCGGUUCCACGAGGCUCCCCCUGAUUUCAAGUGGGAAGACUUACUCAAGCAUACCGACUUGACGGUGUAGCGUACGAAAUCGAUGGGGUAGUUCUCACUGUGAUUAUACAUAUACACAUACUCCUGCGUCGCGACGUUAAUGCCGGC